AUGCCUCCAGCCGUCAUCCAGUCUCUCCUCCGCCAAACGCCUACUUUAGCGCCUAUAACAAAUCGUGCCUUGAUUUCAGUAUCUGGCUCAGAUGCAAAUACAUUCUUGAAUGGAAUACUAUCAACCCAUGUGAAGCCUCCCCAAUUUUCCGCUUUUUUGCACGCUCAGGGAAGAGUCCUCUACGACGUCUUCAUCUACACAGACCCCAAUCCACAGUCGACAAAAGGCCCUUCAUAUCUCAUAGAAUAUUCUCCCCCACCAGCGUCGAACACCGAUGUACCACCGCUACUCACCUACCUUAAGCGCCAUGUCCUCCGGUCCAAAGUAAAAGUACGGGACGCGUCGGGAAACUACGACAUCUGGGCUGCCUGGGGCUCUGAGCUGGACAGGAAGUGGGAACAGAAGCGCGAAUGGACAUGGGCCAGCAGCGGGGCAGUGGAACCUGUUUGGGGUCGUGAAGCCCCAUGGGGGUCUGAACCGGGUGAGGUUCUGGAUUGCAGGGGCAUUGGAAUGGGGCGAAGGUUGCUAGUUAAGCAGGGUGACAAACCGAAGGAGGCUACAAGUCAUGAUAUAGCAACCUCGGACGACUACCUGCUGCACCGAAUACUACACGGGGUUCCCGAAGGAAAUGUUGACAUCCCCCCAAUGCACGCAUUCCCUAUGGACUCGAAUCUCGACAUGAUGGGUGGAGGUACGCUGCUUCAGGGUCCUGACGCUGAGGUCUCAGAGCUAAUUCCGACUUCAGUCGAUUUCAGGAAGGGCUGCUACGUCGGACAGGAAUUGACAGUCCGGACUUACCACAAGGGCGUCAUUCGGAAGCGUAUCCAUCCUGUUAUACUUUCUGACUUAGGAAGCAGCUCGACGACACCAGCGACAUUGUCUACACCUUUACCACCCGACCUCGACAUCAAGCCCGUUCAACAAAAGGAUAACGCUGCUGAAGGCGCAACACGAACUCCUCGUCCUCGCGGGACAGGCAAACUGCUAAGCACCACUACCCACGGCGUCGGCCUGGCGCUGCUUCGGCUUGAACACGUCGCGGCUCAGCAAGCUGGAAAUAUUCGGCUGGACCUGUCACACGAGGGAGGUGCCUCGCUGUCGAUUACACCUUGGGUUCCAAGUUGGUGGCCCAGUCAACCUCCACCGGAAGGGUUUGAGACGGAGUAG